GUGGCAGUCCCUGAUUAGUCGAUACUGAGAAUUCGUUGAUAUGGCCUUCCUCUGAGCAUGCGUGAUUGGAAAAUAUAGACCAGGGGCGUCUGAGAUUUGGGGGCAUUUCGAGAGGGACAGAUUUGGAGCAGCACGUUUCAUUAGAUCCUUAGCUUUUGGACAGAAGAAGAAGCGAGGUCUGUAACACUGCAAUAGAAAGAUGAAAUCAAGGCUGAUGAUCGCACUGACGGGGGUGGUACUUUUGGCCGCGACGGUCCAUGGACAAACACUUUCUGCCGCCGACAAGGCCAUUGUAGAAAAUGGCCUCGCUUUUGGUGAAAAGAUUGGUGAGGCAUUGCAAAAUGACGACUUCAGCGAUCUUAUGCAGAAUAUCGGAAAUAAAAUGGCCCCAUUUCUUGGAGCUUUGGGGCCGCUGAUGGGGUUAAUCCUAUCCUUCUUUCCGUCGGGACCAUCUCUGGAAGAGAAGAUAAUGGAGCGAUUUGACCAAAUGGACCAAAAAUUUGACCUUAUGGAUGCACAGUUUGACGAAGUCAAACAAUUGAUCGAGUGGGAAAGCAUGCAGGUAAAAGUCGCCGACGAGGAACAGUCAAUCCGAUAUUUGCAUAUGAAAUAUCGAAGUGUUAUGACCGCACCAGUCGAUGAAAAGGAAGGCUACAAGCGCGACUUCAUUACUCAGUACGAGUCUGACUACCAGGGUGCAGGGUACAAACUCUUUGACGCGGCCACCGCUAAUGAUGCAACGACUUUCAAGAAUGUAUUUCGAGGCUGUAUGGAGUUUACGGGAAACGACAGAAAACAGGUGGAGACCUUCAUGCUUGGUUACUUUGGACUAGUGAUGAAGGCUAUGGUCCUCGAGAUGGCAUACUACAAGUGGGAUGGAUACACGUUGACGGGAUCAAGAACGACCACUUGGUUGAAUCGCAUGGAGACGCUUAAACUCGAAAUGAAAAAGAUCGAGAAUGAGCUAAUUGACUUUCAUGCGCAGUUGAGCAAAGAUUUGGAUGAGUUUAUACUGUUGAACGCCAACUUAAAAAAUGGCGCCUUUGCAGACCAGCUUUAUGCCAAGCUUUCAACCAAGUUUUAUUGGCGUUACUGGACGGUGGUGGUGUCAAAAGACAUCCAAGGGUCAAGCAAACACCGACACGGCCAAAAUUGUGGAGCAAUAAAGAAGUUUCAGCAAAAUGGCAAGAACGUAAUAGCUGUUAGUGUUGACAAGACGGACAGCAGUUUCAACGCCGCUAAAGCUAACUCGGAAAUUGUUCGAAUCCAAAACUGGAUGGCCAGCAAUAAUAAGAGUCCUAAUGCUGAUUAUAUGUACAACCGUGUUGAGGCUGGCCUGAGGACCUCCUGCCGACCGUUUGCAUACAUUGCCUUUGUAUGUAGGUCCUGCAAUCCUGACCUACAGGUUAGAGCUGCUUCUAACCACAUGGUCAAAAGGAAACUAUAUUGGGUAUCCAUCCCUACUAGAAAUUACAUGUUUGCAUAUCAUCAAGUAUAUGCAUAUGAGAUGGAUGCCGUCUUUUUUGGUUAAUCAUGAACACUUAAGAUGGAGUGUGCAAAGAUGCAAUUUGACUUUGGAUGAAGAUCAACAUGAUCGAGAUGAAGGAGUAAAGGUGUGAUUUUAAACUUCAUCAUGGCGGAGGAUAUCGUAAAAUUGCCAGUAGUACUCGACAAGCUAUUCAUUAUAUAAUCGUAUACAGGUGAAGGGUGUAUUUUAGUUUAUCUAGUGGGAUUACUUUAUUUAGAUCUAAACGUGUCGACGAGACGAGCAACUCAACGUCCUAACUAUUUCGUCAAUUAUUGCCAGUGGUGGAUCGAAAAUAAAGAUUCAGAAUUUGAA